GGGCGCUGCUGCUGUUUGCAGCCAGCCUAGCGCCUUCCCUCCCAGUGUUUGCCAGGAGCCCGGCCAGCCAGCACCGGGAGUGAGCGCCACCGGCCCAGGCGGGCAGAGAGGAGGGGGACCCCGGCAGCGAGAGGGGGCUCAGUGACCGGGAGAGAGCGGGACCCCCCCCACCCCAUGCGUGCCCCCCCCGAGCGAGCGCGCCUGCCAGGCAAAGCCCCGCUGCCCCCGGCCUGAAUGCAUGUAGGCGCCGGCUGCAUGGACGCUCCGGGGAGGAUGCUCGGGCUAUAGGCACCUGCCCCUGCUCGCGGCUCGGGGCCCCGGGAGGAGAGCUCGCCCCCGUGCUGCCCCAGGCAUGAUCUCCUAACGGGGCUGGCUUCGUCUCUCUGGCGCCUUCCCCAUGGAAUUAGCUGCGGUCGCCGGCCGGAGCUCGUGAGCCUGGGCUGCCCGCCGAGCGGGGACCGGUCCCCGGGAACUGGAGGAUACUGCAACAUCCUCGGGGACAUACAGAAAGCUGAACUGGAGCCUGUGUGGGACUUAAAAAGGACUUCCAGUUGGUGGUAGCCUGAGGAACUUCCUUUCACGCCAAUGUUGCUCCGAAACUAAUUGUCGCCAGAAUUCGGAACUAUCAGGUUUGCUAAGCGUCUGUACUGAUAUCAUCAAAUGCAGUGCUCCACGUACUCUGCCGGAGUCUACACUGUUUACAAACAAACUCCCAUGGAAAUUCCUGCCAUUAAAUUAUGCCUCAGGAACAGUACGCACACAGGAGCGCCAUGCAGAGCUCGGAAGGCCCACAGGUAUACAAAGUGGGGAUUUACGGCUGGAGGAAGAGAUGCCUCUAUUUCUUUGUGCUACUCCUAAUGAUUUUAAUCCUGGUGAACCUUGCCAUGACCAUCUGGAUUCUCAAGGUUAUGAAUUUCACAAUUGAUGGAAUGGGGAACCUGAGAAUCACAGAGAAAGGUCUGAAGCUAGAAGGAGAUUCAGAAUUCUUGAAACCUCUCUACGCCAAAGAAAUCCGGUCCAGACCAGGCAAUCCAUUGUACUUCCAAUCUGCCAGAAAUGUUACAGUGAACAUUCUCAAUGAGAAGACUAAAGUCCUUACUCGUCUUGUAACAGGUCCCCAAGCAGUGGAAGCACACAGCCAAAAAUUUGAGGUGAAAUCCCUCUCUGGAAAAUUGCUGUUUUCUGCAGAUGACAACGAAGUGGUCGUGGGAGCAGAGAGACUGAGAGUUUUAGGAGCAGAAGGCACAGUGUUCCCUAAAUCUAUAGAAACUCCCAGUGUCAGGGCAGACCCCUUCAAGGAACUAAGACUCGAGUCACCCACCCGCUCUUUGGUGAUGGAGGCUCCAAAGGGAAUCGAAAUUAACGCAGAGGCCGGCAACAUGGAAGCCACAUGCAGGACGGAGCUGAGGCUGGAAUCAAAAGAUGGAGAGAUCACGCUGAAUGCUGCAAAUAUCAGACUACCUAGAUUGCCUCUAGCAUCCCACUCCUCUACUGGAUCCAGGCAAAAAAUCUACGAGCUGUGUGUGUGUUCCAAUGGGAGGUUAUUCCUGUCUCAGGCAGGAGCUAGUUCCACCUGCCAGAUAAACACAAGCAUCUGUUCUUAAGAGACGGUUCGCAGCAGGCAUUGCAGGCAGCACAAAGGCCCUGUUCUGGUCUCACAGAUAGCAGCUGCCAACUAUUUUUGCUAGAACCCAGAAAGCCUAUCAAAGACUUUUUUGUGUGUGUGCGCGUGUGUGAAUAUAUAUAUAUGAAUAUAUAUAUAUAAAAAGAUAUAUAUAUCCUCUGUGUAAAAUGAUGUUUCAGUACAAUGAAUCCCAGGGUGACCCUAUUACAUUCUGUUAAAUUGGACUCACUACUCUCUGAACCCUUUUGUAUUAAUAUAGUCUAAUGGCCCUCCCUUAUUACUCACCGUCUCCUCAUAGCAAUGGGAACAAUGUCUGAUUCAGUACAUGAACUGACGUACUCCUGGCAUCACGCAAGAGGAGAACAACAACUCUGAUCAUUUUUGCACCAUUAAAAAUCAGUGGCAACAGAAUGGCCAGCAAGGCAGAGCAAAUGGCCUCGAGAACUCCAAGACGCCUGUCACUAAAUUACACUCUCUUUUAAAUCUAAAGUAGAGCAGCCUAAUUGGGAGACUCUACACUGCCCACCAGGAAAACUGGGUUUGAUUCCCAGUGCUGGUCUCCCAUCACUUAGCCUUGGGAAGCAGGGAAUAUAGGCCCCAAUCCUGUUCUCGGUGGAGUAAAUGGCAAAACUCCCAUUGACUUAAGUGGUGCUGGAUCAGGCCCAGAGAAGGUAGAGAAUAGCAUGCACCAUUCAGCUGUGAAGCACCCUGCCAGUGAAGGGGCGAUGUUUAAUGGGCUCUGAAGGGAACCCCUUUCAGUCCUCCUGGGCAGAUAGAGGUAUAAAAGAUCAGGGAAUUUGACAUGUACGUGGGGAUCACUGCCUCUGGGAGAAAAAUCAAAUUCAGGCUAAUUCUGUUUUCCUGGGGUUUACAAUAGUGAUCCCUGUUUGUGUAACUCACAUUUUAUUAUGUUACUUUGCAUCAACAGGAAAACUAACUGUGAAUGCCACAUCCCCCGUUAAAAAAAAAAAAGCUUUGAUUAAAAAAAAAGGCGAGAGAAAAAUUGUUGCAAUUACAAAAAUACCAGGUCUACAUAGCCAUCAAGUGUUCUAGUUCACCUUAGAGAAGGGGUCGGCAACGUUCGGGUGCUUACCCUGGCGAGCCGCGUGCCAAACGUUGCCAACCCCUGCCUUAGAGCAUUCAGUCCUACACUAUAGGAGUAAUUCUGCUUUUAAAAUAAACCACCUCUCUCUCUCUCUCUCACUCUCAUACACACACACACACACACACACACACACAGUCUGAGAGACAGUGAAACUUGCACAAAAGAGAAGUAUUAUCCAAAUUCUCUGCAGGGAUUUUUUUUUUUUAAACAGGGAGGACAGUCUGAGGUCACUCACUUUUUAUGGAAAUUGCAAAUAUCAGAGAUGCUGAUUAUGAAAGAGGACUUUUAAAAAAUGUUUUAUAAAGAUCAUGACCAAAUAAGGUCAUGGAAAAGUAAGGCUUUGGGCUCUGGGCUCUGGGUCAUGUUGAACUUGAACCCAAAUAACUCAGUGUUUGAAUCUGGUUUUCAUGAGUGGGGGGUUUUCCCUCCAUGAGGCAUUUAUGGGAAAUGAAAAAUGUGAGAUCUGAUCUUGUCACACUGUUUCCAUUAUCCAAAAAUGGGAAUACCAUGAGCAGUGUGGAGAUCUCAUAGUUACUGGGUUUCAACUCCAUCAAUGGCUCCCCCAGUCAUUUAAGAAGCCUGUGAAAAACAUGUAUGGUAAAUUUUUCAAAAGUGCCUAAGUCCUAUUAACUUUCAAUGAGACCUGGGUUGCUAAGGCAUUUAAGUGCUUUUGAAAACUUUACCCCUAUACAAAUACUCAAACCUGUGCAUACCUCUGGUAAUACUGAAAAUACAUUGAUUUCACCCAAACAAUUUUCCAGAUUAAAUAUCACAAAAACAAAAUGUUUAGAGACAGUUUGGCCAAUUUCUAUAUGAGUCACUUGUAUUUUCUUGGGGGCUCGAGAGUGCCAGGUUUCUGGGUUUUUUAAAUGCGCAUAUAGGGCAUAAUCCAAAGCCAGAUGAAGUCAAUGAAAAGACUCCCAUUGACUUGUAUGGAACUUGGAUCAGGCUGUUAGAAAAAUAACCUAUCCCACAUCGGUCCUUCUGGUUGUUUUGCUCGCUAACAAAGCACACUUGAGGACACCCAUAAAAUUUUACACUUGACGGAGGUUGAAAAUUAUUAGUUCUACAAUUUUCUUAGUGUUGCAGUUAGGUUAAUUGUCAAGUUCAAACUAUUUGUUAAUUAAUGCAAAGGGUCACCCAGGAUAACAAUUGUAUUGGGACAUAGGACUAUACCAUCUCUGUUCAAAGAGGGGAAAUUGUGCCUAUGCCUUAAGUCAAUGCACUCAGCAAGGAGAAGCACAUCAUAUUUAUCUUGUUAUUAAAACUACUUUAUUUUGUGGGGGGACAGUUGGAAGGGAGGGAGGCGGCUGUCAACAGAUGUCAUGGGAGCCGAUGGUGCAACAUGAAGCAGACUUAAGUGAAAUCCAUAAAGGCUGUGAGGGCUGCUGGAGUAAGUAUAGACUUUUACCAUAUUAAAUAUAACAAAAGACAAUGUAUGUUACCUUCGGACCAUAGCUGAAGUCCCACUCAUAGCCCCAAGUGGAAUACAUUUACUGUAGUAUUUUUUUCUCAUUUCAUUUUGUAUUAGACAGUAAUUCUCAUCAUAUGCAAGGGCCGAUUCAUAAAAAAAAUUAUUUGUCCAGGGUGAGCAAGGUUAUAGUGAAGUUUGUACUGCAGAAUUAGUGCAUCGUGCAAAGAUCUGCUUUUAUUUCACUUUUCUCCCCCAAUGAUUGAUUCUAGUGCUACUGAAAGGUGCUGGGUAGAGCACCAGAACUGGCAUGGGAAGGGCUGGGGUAGCGUGUAGUUUCCUGUACUGCACUGCCAAUAUUCCUCCACCUGGCCUAGCAGCUUCCACCCAUGUGUUGGAGGGAAACUCAGUCUUUACCUUCAUUCAGUCUUUGCCCUCCCUGCUGAACGGUUCAGUGCCAUGUGCAGUGAUAGUUCUAGUGAUGUAGAUGCUUAUCUACUGGAAACUAAACUGAGAGCAUCAUGCUCAUUUCACAAAGGCCAUGAGAGAGCCUUGAGGCCAUUCCAUCAUUUACCAGCCUGAACUGGAUUUGAACUGAUGACCGAAGUACCUGUCCCUAUCACCAUGACAGCUUGUUGUUAGUGCAGGUCCUCUUUGUCAGGUAAAAAGAGUACCUUAGUUGUGGAUAAAUGAGGAGAGCCCAACUUUGUAUGAGUACAUAGAAAAGAGUGCGUUUCUAGCUUUUAAAAUGUUAAAUUACAUGCUGUUGAAAAAAAAAAUCUCUUUGCUCUAACGGGUGAAAUUCACCCCUGUGCAGACUUACGCACCUCUUAAUUUCCACUUAAAUCCUCACUUCGGGGCUUACGUGGUCUCCUAGACCUUGUGUUGUCCCCCUGCACAGUAGUCAGUUUCACCCAGUUAGAGAAAAGGUCUUCACUAAACAGAGUGUGUAAGUUCCUGCAGCUUCUGAAGGGCAAUCGCUUUGCUUGGCAAAGUUUGAGGUAGGGUUAACACACGUAAGUUCAACAAAAGUGAUAUACUGAACUAAAGCAUCCCUGCCCAAUGAGGAUAGAAUGUCUGGAAUAUAAAGCACCUUCGUGCAAGGUACAGUACAUUUUGGGGGGUCAUUUUUAGCACAGCAAUGUUGCCAAGCAGCUCCUGUAUUAAUGGGAGUCACGUGAUUAAAAGAACCCUUGUGCAGUGACUUAAAUUUUACCAUUUCAGUGCUGUUGGGAAGACAGGUCACACAAAAUCACCUAUUUCAUUUCUUCCCUUUAUUCAUCUCCUAGAAAAGGAUCCCCUUCCCACUCCCCUGGGAGAUUAUUGUUUGCUUGAGAACAAUGAAAACCUUUGCUUAAAAAGGGAAGGAAUGUUACAUGACACUAAACUCCAAGGGUGCCCGUUGGUUAUUGUUAGGAGACAACAGUACUCUGUGGCCGGUAGUACUUUAGUAAAUGGAGAUCUAGUCAGUGCUGCAGUUGUUGAUCAUACAACACUGUGUGUCAUUUGUUAGGUUUAGUUUGCAUAUUUCUUCGAAUAAUUAUUUUCACUGUAUAAGAUUGUUUCUGCCCAUAGCCCGCUCAUCUCCUAGGAGAUCGCUACUCAAGACUUGCUUAGUUUCAAUUUCAUACACACAAACUGUCCACAGAAGUUAAAAGAAAAUUGCCAGCCAACAAACGGAUAUAUUUCUUUAUGAAUCGGACCCACAAUUUGGUUCAGUCGUCAUCAUUUUCCCAUGAAGGGCUGGUAUUUAUCUCAAAUAAGGGUUCCUUUUAUCUCUCGCAACUUAGACAGGCUGGGAGGGAUAGGGAGACGGCUUCUAUUGAAGUCAUUGGGAUAUAUACCAUUGACUUCAGUGCCUGCGGGAUCCAGCCCAGGGUCUUUCUGGGUUCAGAUUUAGGCCACUGGAGUCAAUGGGAACACUGCCGUCUAUGUCAGUUGUUGCAGGAUUGAGGCCGGACUCAGAAUUGUACACAAUUCUGCACUGAAGCUAUGUGCAUUCAAAUUACUUGCUAAUCAAGGGACUGUGUUAUUGUCAAUAUACCUUAGGCAACCAUGAAUACUAAAGCUAAAGAUAAAUGCUUUUAUGUAUUGUAACUCUUGACUUUAAUAGAACUUCAGUAACAUGUUACAUUUGCUUUAAAUGCCACAGUUAUUAAGUAGUAGAGAAAAUGACUAUUAGUGCUGGUCUUUACACAAUACCUUAUCCAUAUUUACUGUAUGAACUCCCUGCCAUAACAGGUAUGUCAGGACGGUCUUUAAAAACAAAAAGACUUUGCCUUUAGCAAUAACAGAGUUCCUAAAACUGAUUCUAUAUCUGCAUCCACUCUCCACAUUUCAUUUGUUUAAAGUAUGUAUUAUCCAGCAGUCAGCAUAAUUACUACACUGAGAGUUCAAAUGAGAUGUUAGCACUAAAGGAACUGUCAUGCAAAGGGAAAGCCAGGGACUACUACGCUAUAUAUUAGAACUCCCCUAGAAAUGUUUAGAAAGGUUAAAGUAGCGCAACUGUGGUCUAUAUUUGUUUCCUUCGAUCAGGUGUUUUCAAUCCGAUUUUUUUUAAACUUCAAUACAAACAUGAUACAAAAAAUAAAUAUUAUGAACUUAAAUGACCACCUGCAACAUUCAGCAUAACAAAAUGAGGUCUAAACCAGGCUAACCCAUUCCGUCUUCGAGACUGCUCCAUCGUUAAAGAGGAAGAUUCCUAUAGCGCUUGGGAAGAGGUCAGGUUUGUUUGAGCCCCGUAGCCAUGCAAAAGCUGAAUGAACAGGUCUGUAAUUGUUGCACCCCUUUAACGCGCAGGGCUCUUAAGUGGCAUUGGCUUUUGUUUGAAUUGGGGGGUUGGGAGUGUUUUUUUAAAAUAUUUGUUGUUAUGGCUUUAAGUUUCAUAUCAUAAAGGGGAGUGAGUCACAGACCAAAGACUGUUAGAAGUGCUGCCCCACACCCACUGUGUUAACUUAAUGGUGCUUAUUGGAACUGGGCAGGAAACUCAGAGUUCAUUGCAUAGCUUCAGUGCACUAGACUAGAACAGAGGAAAACAAACUCAGUUAAUAGGGGAAAGAAAGUAAGUGUCCUAUUCUGUGCUGUGUACAAAAGGCAAAGAGUAGUCUAAAACUGAAAGAAGAAAAAAUGCAGUAUUGAAGAAGGUUGUUAAUAUCACAACAUUUCUGGUGGAGAGGGAUAAAUAAGCUAAAUGUUGUUAGCUGCUCAUGUGCAUUUUCGCCUUGAUGUGUGUGGAACUGCGACAGCGCUAGUGAGACUUACCUGUGUAGAUCAAGGAGAACCCUAAGCUUAUGCUUCAGUGAUGGCCGUGUUCCAAGUGAUUGGCUUGCUGCCAAAAGGCCAUCUGAAAGUUGGACUUAUGAACACCUAAUUGCACCUGCAGUGCAGAAGAGUAACUACGCCGUGACUGCUCAAUCUUUAACACACAUACAGUUAAACAGAAUUACUGUUGGACUACUUUUUGGUAAUUUUGUUGACUUUUUUUUAAGUUUGAAAUUUUAUAAUUCGAAAAACAAAUGGGAAAAAAGCUGGUAAUAGAUUUGUGAAGCAUUUUCAACCAGCUGGUUGGAAAUUUUCAAAUCUGGAAAUUUCAAAAUAUUUUAAAAUUUUGCAAAACAGAACAUUCUUAAAUCUUCAUUUCCCUCCCUCCUUCCCCCCCCCCCGCCCAUCUCUAAACAAUUACCACUGAAUAUUUAAGCAGGCAAAAAGCGCUAUUGAUGUGUGAUUCAACUCAGUCCUUCCUUCCUCUCUGCACGCUAUGCUUCUCUAGAAACCCAACUACAUAGGACUCAAUGGGUGACCUAACAGAUGGUUGAGACACGGGGAGGGGGGUUAGAAAUUGGCAUGGCAUUGAUACCAUAGAUUGGCCUACCCAGACAGCGAUGAAGUAAGCAGGGGCAAAGCAUGUUAAUAGAUAGCUCCUUAGUGAUACUGAUAAAGUGAUUCUCUUUUGUCUGUUUACACUAUUACCUUUAAAUUAACAACACAUUUUGGACGGAUCUGAUUGUGAUUAUAUUCAGUCCUUGUUUGAACCAACCUGAGACAAUGUCACUGAUCCCAUUUAAAGGCUGUUGUCGGACCCAUUCGUGUCAGAAUGUUGGGGAGCUUGUUUAAUGAGGACGACAAAUUUCUAUCCACGUUAAACACCAUGGUUUGGGAUUGGGUUAGAAAAAUAGGACUAGCUGGUCUUUAAACAAACAUUGUCAUGUUUGAAAAGCAUGUGGCAAUAUAUAUACAGCCCUGACGCUUUCUAAAGCUAAGAAUUUCCUAAUCUGCAAAUUGCAUUCUAUUGAGUCUUGUUUAAAAAGAAAAAAAAAGCCACUCUUUUUUUGCAGGAAAGGUGGAUAUUUAAAGCUCCAGGACUAUAUAUCUACAGAGAAAGGGGGAAAAUCCUCAAUCAUAAUUCCACUGAGACUUCCCAGGCACCUCACUUUAAACUAGAAGUGUGAGCCCCUGAACAAUUAAUUUUGCUACAGGUGUAAUUCCUGUGUGAAAGUCAGCAUCAUUGUCACUUUCAGGAAAUGUCUCAUCUUAUUGUUGCCACUCAGAGUCAUGCAAUGCCUAUGAUUUUCUGUCCCAAGCCUUCUGGUAAGUUAAUAGCAUCAUGCUACCUAUUCAGAGGAGAUUGGGAUUUCCUCUGAAGCAUCUCAUCUCUUUUUGAAAAGGUGAGAUUGGUAGUUUUUAAUCAGGAUAAAAAUAAAUAAAAGGAAAGGGCCCCGAAGGAGCUAUAUGUAAGUUUUUGUCUUUCAGUUAGUUCCACUUUGUCUUUCCACCAUUGAGUGUGGGCAUAGGAAGGAGAGAUUUGUGCAAAAAAAUAUUAAAUUUGCAUUGUGCUCUGCUCCCAAAUACUUAGGCUAAAGAUAUACUGCCUUAGAAAACAGGUCCUUUAUCAGAAAGAUUUUUAAAAAGGCACUUUGGGACCUUUCAUCGGGUUCUCCUGGAACAGAAAUGGUGAAACUUUCCAACACAUUAGCCAUCAUAGGAAUAAGCCCACUGCAAAUCAUGUCUCACGUGCAUUUUUGCUUGUAACGGGAAUUUAAAAUUGCAUUGUACUCUUGCAUUUCCCUCACCCCCCCGCUCCAAAAGGCUUAACCACUGAUAAGAAAGAAAGCAUUUUGAAGCCUGCUGAGGCUUGCUAAACGCAUUAUCACUUUCUAAAGCAAUGUGAUUUCUAUAUUCCUUUAAAAGAUCUCUCAUAAUGGAACCCUUGAAGGCUCUUGAAGCAGGCUUGAAUUGAAGAGCAAGAAAACCAAUAAUUUAUGGGUGGUCCCAUUUUUAUGUAUGAUUGGAUUACAGGAGCUGAAAAAUCAAAUGUUGCCAUUGUGGUGCCGCCCACAUCUUGUUAGCUACAGAUAUUUUUUCUCCUAAACUUUUUAACUAGAUUUCUUAUACAGUAGUGCCUACAGAGUAGGGAAAUUAGCAUCUUAUUUUGAAAGAGAGUGGGCACGCCUGCUAAUCAUCCUUAUCUGGGUCCUCUUCAGUUCUAGAUAUGCACACUAUUAUUAUUCUAAUUUGACUUUUUGGCAGUAUUCAUGAUGUUGGUAACGGGGGUUAGACUAGACGACCCUUGCAGUCCCUUUUAACGCUAUGAUUCUAUGUUACAGAUUCUAUGUAUACACCGCCUCAAUGGUAUAAAUAGCAACAAGAAAUACUAUACCCUAGUCUUGCUAGCCAUCUUGCACCCCUCUAUGGUGACCAGAUAGCAAGUGGGAAAAAUUGGGACGGGGUGGGGGGUAAUAGAAGCCUAUAUAAGAAAAAGACCCAAAAAUCGGGACUGUCCUUCUAAAAUCGGGACAUCUGGUCACCCUACACCCCUCAAGCAUCUGUAUUAAUGCCAGAAGGUCCAACAAGGCCCGUUCUUAAAACUAACUCUGCUUUCUGCUCUAAUUAAACUUCUAUUCAGACAAACAGAAAAGUGCAGAAAGCUCAGGAAAAAGGAAAUGUUUCAAAUACUCACCUAAGAACAUGAACCCUGUGAAGUUUGGGGAUUUUAUUUUUUUUCCUUUGCCUCAUCAUGAAUUAGCUGAAGAAGCAGUCUGAGAUGGAAAUGAGAAUGAGGAGGAUGUCGGGUGACUAGGCUGUAGCUUGGUAGCAGUUUACUAAGUCCUGCCCCACGCAGAGGGGCAGAUUCUCAGCUGGAGCUAAUGCCAUCUUCCACCGUUACUUCAGAGCGGUGCUGGUUUACAGCAGCUGAGGAUCUGGCCCAGAAAGCCUGUCACCUUUGAUGACAAUGAAAAGCAGAUUUUUGCCACCGACUCUAAACUACAGCCUGCUAAUCGACGUGUGGAAAUGAAAAAAAAAAUCAGAUUAAACCAAAGUGGCAGAAUGGUGGCUUGUAUUCCUUCUCCAUCCGUGAGUCCCCACUAUCGUGUUGGACCAAUGAAA